GACGUACUUGACAGAAAAUAUCUGUCAGAUAUUCUUCUUCUAGUUAUCUUAAACCAAUUUUGUUGUUGCCACAAUAAAAACAUGUUGCCAUAUAAUAAGAAAAUAAGCAAAACAGUGGCAUCUUUUAAAGAGAAAGUGAUGAUGAGAGAAAUAGAUUGACAAUCUUAUCAGCUGUUUGUUGUAGUUGUUUUCUUCUUCUUGCACUUCUUAGUACUACAAUUUUUUUGUUUAUUUGCAGCUAAUCUUUUGAGGAAAAUUAAUUUAAUAAUAGCAAGAAAAUUUUAGAAAAAUUGUUUGAAUCUCAAAAGCCUGAUAAAGCUUUUGCUUUGAAAAAUGAGUUUUCCUUUAACAAACCCUAAUAAGGAGUCGGCUAGAGCAGCUUGUAAAAAAUGUGGUUAUGCCGGGCAUCUAACAUUUCAAUGUAGAAACUUUCUCAAGGUGGAUCCCAAUAAGGAAAUUUUAUUAGAUGUAGAAAGCACUAGUUCAGAUUCGGAACUAGACUACUUGACCCCUUUGACUGAACUGCGCAUGAAGGAGUUGAAGGAAAAGGAAGCAGAACUACUCAGCAAACACAAAAAAUCUUCUUCAAAGUCUUCAAAAAAGAAAAAAUCGAAAAAGAAGAAAACAAAACACAAGAAAAGCCACAAAAAACACGGCAAAAACAAGAAACAUAAGAAACGUUCAUCAACCGAAUCUUCCUCCUCAUCAUCAUCUUCCCUAAGUUCGUCUUCCUCCACCGAUGAAACCACCGAAUCGGACUCUAGCGAUAAUGAAGAGUCUUCCACUAGUGAAUCAGAUGAAACGGGACGUAAGGUACGCAAGAAGGGUAAAUAUAAGCGUAAGGCCUCCGAGACUCCAGUAAUGAGACGCAAGAAAUCUAAAGUAAAGCGUAAACGUUACAAGACAACAGAUACCACCUCCGAUUCAGAAGAAGAAUCUUCAUCGGAUUGAUUAAAAAAACAGACAUGGAAUAGCAAAUAUUGUUUACGUUUCUUUAGAAUAUAAAGUUGUACGCCAAAUGUUUAAAAGUCAAAUAUUUUAUAUCAGGUAAAGCAAAAAAAGUAAAAACAGCAAGUUUUUGUUUAAAUGAUGGCAAAAAACAACUUUAAUUUUAAGUUAGUUCUAAUUAAAUAAAACAAUUGUCUAGUUAAAAAAACACAAAAGAAUGUUUUCUUUUCCUUUGUGUUUUUUAAACUUUCUCCAAGUAGUAAAAUCCUCCAACACAAUUUCCGAAUUUAAAUACACCCACCAAAUUGACCAUAAACAAAUGUUUUGUAAACCGUUUUUCUCUAGAUGUCUUGAUGACCUCAAGUCAAAUUUUGUGUUCCUUAAUAUAAAACUGAAAAUCAACCCCUCAACAAACAAGAAGUUAGUAUAACAUAAUAAAUAGUAUAACCCAGUAGUUUAAAGCAUUUUUAUAACCGUAUGAUAAUAAAUAUAAAGAAAACAACUCCACUUUCUAACUUUACUUUAAAAGAAAAAAACUUAUAGACAAGAUUAUAUUAAGAGAAAUCAAUAAAACUAGAAUAUUUUCAUGAUUUAUACUGUAGAGAUUAAAAUUUGUUCUGCAAAAUAUUGGCAGUUAUGUAAUAGUUUAAUACUUAAACUUUUAUAAACAUUUAUGUUUGAAUGCACUUUUUCUUGUAUUUUAAAAUAAAAUAUUUUUUUCUCUCUUUUAAAUUAAAACUAUGUAUGUAUAUGCAUCUCUUAAAAAAUAAGCAAUAAAUAUAAUAAACAUUCAAUUUAACUUGAGAGUAA